GGACGGUGGCCGACGAUGGGUUACGUGGCACUGGCGCUGCGCAUGCGCAGUGAGCGUUUCACCUGCAGUGUCAAGAUGGUGGCAAUCAGAAUGCAGUUUACAGUUUAUUUGGUGUUGUUGUUAAACAUUUACAACAGUUUCGUGUCUGCGUUGUAUUUUCAUAUCGGCGAGACUGAAAAGAAAUGCUUCAUAGAAGAAAUACCGGACGAAACCAUGAUCAUAGGUAACUACCGAACCCAGCUCUAUGACAAGCAGAAAGAAGAGUAUUUGCCUGCAACUCAAGGACUGGGGAUGUUUGUGGAAGUGAAAGAUCCUGAUGAGAAGGUGAUCCUGUCCCGCCAGUAUGGAUCUGAGGGCAGGUUUAUCUUCACCUCACACACACCUGGAGAGCAUCAGAUCUGCUUGCACUCAAAUUCCUCCAAAUUUGCUCUGUUUGCUGGAGGCAUGCUUCGUGUUCACUUGGACAUCCAAGUUGGCGAGCAUGCAAACAACUACGCAGAAAUCGCUGCCAAAGACAAGCUGACGGAGCUGCAGCUGAGAGUGCGACAGCUGAUGGAGCAGGUGGAUCAGAUCCAGAAAGAGCAGAACUAUCAGAGGUAUCGUGAGGAGCGCUUCAGACAAACCAGCGAGAGCACCAAUCAGAGAGUGCUGUGGUGGUCUAUCGUCCAGACGCUGAUCCUGGUGGCCAUCGGGUUUUGGCAAAUGAGACAUCUGAAGAGCUUCUUUGAGGCCAAGAAAUUAGUAUAGAACUGUAUUUGAAUUUUUUUUGUUGUUUUUUUAAAGUUGUGCUUGUCAGUUGAUACAGUACACACAACAUUUUGAAGAUGGCCUGCUUCAUGUGUGGUCAAGACUGCUGAAAAGUCAACAUGCUCUCAGUUCAGUUCCCUCCCUAAAUGCCCCGUUUUUAUCCUGCAUUGACAUUUGUUUUAAGCUGCUCGUUUCAGCGCCACUCCCCAUGUAAUGUGAACCUAGUUUCUGUUCUGAAACGCAUUACAGUUUGUUACUGUUUGGAGGGGAUAGACACUCAGCAAAAGUAGUUUACUUGAUGCAUAUUAAUGCAUAGUGGUUGCCUUACCAUUUUUUUAUAACCCCAUAACUUGCUAAAAGAAUAUUUGACGUGUUUCAGAAGGCUGAUGAAGACAUUAUUAAACUGGGCUGCAAGCAUGAUUUCUUUUUUUUUUCAUAAAUGAGAUUUUGGAUUAUUUGCUUAAACAGUUAGAAAACAACGUUUAUCCUGGUGGCAGGUGUAAAUGUAUUCUGUUGUUUGGUUAUGCAGUAAUUAGUAUGAUAUUUAAAGUUUUGCUCCGAGUGAAUGUUGCUUGGUGUUUAAAUUUGUAUUCUUUAUACGAUUGGUUAAUGUUUUCUCUUCUGUACCCGUGUUUUAUUUUUGGUUGAGCAUCACUGCGGUCGAGAACACUCAGAUCAUGUUAGUAUUAGGCCUUCUUCCCUUUUGAUAGCUACAAUUUGAUGUUGACCUCAGUGAUUGUGUAUAAAUAUGUACGUUUAAAACGUUUAUAUAUACAUAAAUGGCAAAAUGUAGUUAUCAAAAGGUAAAAUGUUUAAUUAUGAGUAUUUGGCACAUUGAAAUAAAUAAUAUCAAAAGGUUUUGUAUUUUCCAUGAAUGCUUAAAUCCCUGUUAUCUACUGUUUUUCUUAGUUUCCUUUAAAACUGUUGACAUCUUGCACAUAAAUAUGAUCAUAUUUAUCACAUAUUUUUUCCUGUUGUGAACUCAUGUUUGAUUUCAAUGAUUUAUUCACUCUUAAAUUGAUCUGCCCAGAUUACACUGUAAAUCUAAAAAGGUACCAUGCCUUUUGUUACCAGAGCUGUGUCAUAAUGUUGUAUUUAAAAAAAAAAAAGAAGACUGCAUGUUGUUUUGUUUGGUUAUUGUUUACUGCAUUGCUUUGCCAUCACUUUUGUAUGGUUUAUCCCUUUUUUUCUUUGUCAUUUUAGUUUAUAAGCAGCUACAGGGAAAUGGGUUUAGUUUUUAUGUAGGGACAAGGGAGGGAAAGAUUUGUUGGUGAGAAAUAUACCCAAUAAUUGCACUCAGAAAUAAAGGUUCCCACUCUCCCCAA